AGCACGUUUAUUCGGUUUCCGAAUCUGCAUUACUAAAAAAACGAUUACAUUUUUUUUGUCAAAGAACUGGCACACACAAACGUGAUUCAAACGAGCAACGUGAGCGUUGACGAGUGACGAUACGAUACGGCCAACGGCGCAGCGGGGGGAGCUACAGCUACAUGGCACACAGCGACCACCGCGGUGCAUCCUGGGACUUGUAGUUGUAUUGCUGCGAGUCCUACCUGUGGCGUCAGAGCCAGCCCGGGCUGGUGCUGGAGGAGGCCGGCGUGGUUCUGCCCGGGGUGGGACAUCAGGUUCUGCUGCAGGAGAACUGCAAACAUGGAGUCAUCUGAGCUCCGUGCAUGGGAAGGUUCUGCGUCAUGUGACAUGUCUUCAGCGAGGACGCCAAGUGGGGCGAGUCGUUGAUGUCCUCCAGUUUGAUCUGCGCACGGUAGGACAUAAAAUAGUACCUACGAUCAUUUCUUCACUUUCGUCGUAGAUAACUGGCUCAAAAGUGUCAAAGAUGGAUGAGCAAAGCGUCGAAAGCAUCGCCGAGGUGUUCCGCUGCUUCAUCUGCAUGGAGAAGCUGAGGGACGCCCGCCUCUGCCCGCACUGCUCCAAGCUCUGCUGCUUCAGCUGCAUACGACGCUGGCUGACGGAGCAGCGAGCGCAGUGUCCCCACUGUCGAGCUCCGCUGCAGCUGAGGGAGCUGGUGAACUGCCGCUGGGCCGAGGAGGUCACUCAGCAGCUGGACACGCUGCAGCUCUGUAACCUCACCAAGCACGAGGACAACGACAAAGACAAGUGUGAGAAUCACCAUGAGAAGCUGAGUGUCUUCUGUUGGACCUGUAAGAAAUGCAUCUGCCACCAGUGCGCCCUCUGGGGAGGCAUGCACGGAGGCCACACCUUCAAGCCUCUGGUGGAGAUCUACGAGCAGCAUGUCACCAAGGUGAAGGAGGAGGUGGCCAAACUGCGGCGCCGCCUCAUGGAGCUCAUCAGCCUGGUGCAGGAAGUGGAGAGGAACGUGGAGGCCGUGAGGGGAGCGAAGGACGAGAGAGUCCGUGAGAUCCGUAAUGCGGUGGAAAUGAUGAUCGCUCGUCUGGACAACCAGCUUAAGAACAAACUUAUCACACUCAUGGGCCAGAAGACGUCCUUGACCCAGGAGACGGAGCUGCUGGAGUCUCUGCUGCAGGAGGUGGAGCAUCAGCUUCACUCCUGCAGUAAGAGUGAGCUGAUCUCCAAGAGUCCAGAGAUCCUGCUCAUGUUCCAGCAGGUCCACAGGAAGCCUAUGCAGUCCUUCGUCACCACGCCGGUCCCGCCCGACUUCACCAGCGAGCUGGUUCCUGCCUACGACUCCAGCACUUUUGUCUUAGUCCACUUCAGCACUCUGAGGCAGCGAGCUGACCCGGUCUACAGCCCCCCUCUUCAGAUAUGUGGCCUCUGUUGGAGACUGAAAGUCUACCCAGACGGCAAUGGUGUGGUUCGUGGAAACUAUUUGUCUGUCUUCUUAGAACUGUCCGCUGGACUCCCUGAAACCUCAAAGUACGAGUACCGCGUGGAGAUGGUCCACCAGGCCUCCAGCGAUCCCAGCAAGAACAUCAUCCGCGAGUUUGCCUCGGACUUUGAGGUGGGCGAGUGCUGGGGCUACAACCGCUUCUUCAGGCUGGACCUGCUGGCCAGCGAGGGCUACCUGAACAUGCAGACGGACACUCUGGUGCUCAGGUACCAGGUGCGAUCCCCCACCUUCUUCCAGAAGUGCAGAGAUCAGUACUGGUACAUCAGCCAGCUGGAGUCCGCCCAGAGUGGAUACAUCCAGCAGAUCAAUAACCUUAAAGAGAGGCUGGCCAUCGAACUGUUUCGCCAUCGAUCCUCACGCAGCUCCUCCCCUCACGACCUGAGGCUGGCAUCGGCCUCUGAAAGGGACCCCCGUACGGCCAAGAGUGACGGCGACAUUCAGACCACGCUGAGCAAAGCCAAAAAGGGAAGCGAAGACGACGAGAGGACCCAGCACGAUGACUCAAACGAGCUAUCCGAUGGCGACCUGGAGGUGGAAUGCCUCACCGAGGAGGAGGUGAACCCGCUGGACUGCAGCAGCACCUCGGGGAGCUCCACGGCCACCAGCAACACUGAGGAGAACGACAUCGAUGAAGAAACCAUGUCAGGCGAGAAUGAUGUGGACUUUAUUGGAAACCUCGACACAGAGGAAGGAGAACUUCCUGAUGACCUGGAUGGAGCCUCUGGUGCUUCCAGCUCCUCUCUGCGCUCGUCUCAUCGCAGCCGCGGCGCCAGCGGAGGGGGCGGAGCUGCUGCCAGUGGUGUUAGCGGGUCAAGCAGCCUACUGGACAUGGACCCAUCCAUCCUGAUGCAGCUGCUGGACAUGAAGGAGCACAACAGUGUGGAGUCUCUGUGGGGGCUUCAGCCUCGCCAGCCUGUUCUCCUCCACCACAGUCAAGCCGGUAUGUCCUCCAGGAAGGAGCGCGAGCGCCGCCCUCAGGUAGUGCGCCGAUCCGCCCCUGACUCAGCGGUCCUCGUCCGCCUUAAAGCUCAGAUGGCUGAGGUCCGCAGCAAGAUGUCGAACGUCAAUAGCCGGGUGCUGGAGGCUCGCGCAUCUGCUGAGCCUCGGCCGGGUCCGUCCGGAAUCUUUAGUGCCGAGGAGGUGCCGUCGCACCACGUCGACCUGGAGACCUCAGCCGCUCGCAAACAUGCUGAGCUGGCACAACUGGUCAGAGCGGUCCGAUCCAGGCCUGGCCGCCCAGUCAGGAAAUCCUUGUCGGCCCUUCUGGAAGGCAGCAGUGCUCCGGUCGGGAAGCACUCCAGUCCGGAAGAGACGGAGAAAGACGUGAGAGGAGCAGAAACAACUGCUGAUGUCAGCAUGCACACCAAAGAUGCUGCAGACGAAGGAGUGAAGGGACCAGACGGGGAUCAGGUGUCAGUCAGCGACCAGGUGUGUUCGUCCAACACCUGCCGGACAAGAGAGGACGUGUACUCCUUGGUCACGUCUGCCUUCUUGGCCGAAAGCAAGAAGUGCGCCACAAGAACUCUGGGGUUGGAGUGUGAAUCGGAAAGUUCAGGAACCUCCCAUCAGUCCUGGCUGGAUGGACUUUUGUCCUCACAGCCGAUGUCUGGCGAUGGACAUUUCUCCUCAGACCCGCCGCCCUCCGUCCUGGUGGUGGCGACCACGAGCAGCGAGAGCGAAACCGAGGAAGAGGAGGAGGAGGAGGAGGAGGAAGAAGCUCUGCAGGGCACCAACUCUCUACACUACAACAGCCAGACUCCGCCCUGCACAGGUGAGUCUGAAGAUAUGACUGACAGGUGAUCCAAGCCCCGCCCCCGCCGGCAUGUCACCUGCGGCUACUAGCUAGCUCGCUCGCGUCUUCUACACAGAACACUGUUUGCAAGUUGGACUGGAUGAGCAACUUCCUGUUUUUAAUGCAUGAUUCGUUUGGCCGCGCCGCAUUUUUCUGACGAUUCUCACGGACAGAACUUUGAACAUUCCUCUUGUUUGUCAAUCAAUUAUUAUUAUUAUUAUUAUUGUUAAAUUGACAUUUGAAACAAGCCUAACGAGCGGUGAGUCAGCGGUCAACUUAUAGUCCGACGGUCUAAGAUGGGAAAUUAGCGCUCAGUCGCGUGGGAGAAAUCACUCUUUGUUGUCAUGGAGACGAAAAAUCAACAGACGGACAUUUUGGACUGAUGGACACAUGAUUCUUUUAUUGCGGAUCAGUUAGUCCCCAAGUUGAACGUGUGCACUGUUUGUUUAUUUAGCAACACGAACAUUCCAGCCAACUUAUUAUUAUUAUUAUUAUUAUUAAGUCAACAAAGCGACAGAACUUAGUUUGCUGUGAUGAUUCCCUUUGUUCCCACAAUCUUUCUUUUUCAUGUAAUAAACUUUGUAUUUUA